GCAGCUGCCGUCAUCCUUUGCUGGAGCAAUUGUCGUUGCCGGACGUGCUUCUUUAGACCCAGUCAAUAUGGUUUUCUCUCAGACUCUCCGCCGCGCCGCCGCCCAGAGCGCCGGUGCCUACCGCUCCCCUUUCGCUCCCAAGUACCACACUCCCCUUCACUUCCACGGCCUCACCACCGGCCUGGCUACCAAGUACACAUCUAGCGCUACCAUUGCUGGCACCUUCGGUGUCGCCGCCGGUACCUUCGCCCUCUUCUUCUUCGGCGAGAUCCCCCGUGUUCGCCGCGACAUUCUCCAGAAGGUUCCUUUCCUCGAUGAGUACUUCGACCGCACGAUCGCUCCCGAGGACAACCCCUUCUAAAUUGGUGCCGUAUGGGAUAUGCUUUUCCGACCAUCUAUAAGAACCCACCCAGCGUGGAUAUGCCACCUAGCGGAUGGAUGGUGAAGAAAAGAGGGUGCUGUACGUGUAGAAUAGCGAUGAGUUUCUGAUAGCACAUAGACACUGGCUGCUUCAUUCAUAUUUUCCAGUAACAUUAAGACGCACUGUUUGUCUGUGUCUACGUGAGACUGCCAAUGGCUCUCCAG